AGGCUAAUUCACACUAUGGAGAGCCUUUUCCCCUGCCAACAGUGUGGAAGCAGUUUCACUAAUAAAGGAAGCCUUACCAAGCACAUGAGAGUUCACACUGGAGAGAAGCCUUACAGAUCCCCUCAGUGUGGAAAGAGUUCCAAUCAAAAUCAAAACCUUGAUGUCCACAGGCGAAUUCACACUAUGGAGAGCCUUUUUCCCUGCCAACAGUGUGGAAGCAGUUUCACUCAUAAAGGAAGCCUUAACAAGCACAUGAGAGUUCACAGUAGAGAGAAGCCUUACACCUGCCCUCAGUGUGGACAGAGUUUCAGACAACCUGGAAACCUUAAAGUCCACAUGAGAGUUCACACUGGAGAGAAGCCUUUCACCUGCCAAUGUUGUGGAAAAAGUUUCAGUAGACAUAAAACUCUUGAAGUCCACAUGAGACUUCAUACUGGAGAGAAGCCUUUCACCUGCACACAGUGUGGAAAGAAUUUCAGUCAACGUGUACAUCUUGAAGCUCACAUGAGAAUUCACAGUGGAGAGAAGCCUUUCACCUGCAAACAGUGUGGAAAGACUUUCAGUCAACCUGGAAACCUUAAUUACCACAUGAGAGUUCACACUGGAGAGAAGCCUUUCACCUGCAAACAGUGUGGAAAGACUUUCAGUCAACCUGGAAACCUUAAUUACCACAUGAGAGUUCACACUGGAGAGAAGCCUUUCACCUGCAAACAGUGUGGAAAGACUUUCAGUCAACCUGGAAACCUUAAUUACCACAUGAGAGUUCACACUGGAGAGAAGCCUUUCACCUGCAAACAGUGUGGAAAGAGUCUCACUCAUAAAGGAAGUCUUAACAAGAACAUGAGAACUCACACUGGAGAGAAGCCUUAGAUGUGCCCUCAGUGUGGAAAGAGUUUCAGUCAAAAAGAAUACCUUGAAGUCCAUAUGAAAAUUCACACUGGAGAGAAGUUGCAACCAAAAGUACCACAUGAAGAUUUACUCAAGAGGGACCUGUUUAAAUGUCAUUAGUGUGGAAUGAGUUGUACAGACGAGAAAAACCUAGGAAUCAUGCAGGGACAUCGAAGAGAAGCCUGUUAUGUGCCAUCACUGUGGAAAGACUUCCAGAAACAAAGCAAAUCUUGAGUUUCACAUAAGCUGGAUGAUGCAUACCAUCUUCUGUAGAGCUGCUUUACAACUGAAUCGCAUCUUGAAACAUUGACAUUGGCACCUAACUGAAUUCAGUCAACACUGAACUGAUUCUAAUUGAAUAACUACAUUCGUUAUCUUUUGUAGAACUAUUUAUAGCUGAAUUCAGUUCAAACUGAUGAACAGUUAUUGAUCUGAACUGACUUGAGCUGAAUAAUGACAAUCUUGUCUUUUAGACCUGCUUUACAGCAGAAUUAGAUUUUCCUCCUGUAGCGUUUGGACUAAUCAAACACAAUAAUUUGUUAUAUUUAACAAAUAAUCCCUAACACCCCUCACCCAACCAACAAGCCAACUAUGAGGGUCUAUGGACCCUUCCUAUGAAAUGUAACUAACACCUCAAAAAGGCAGAACAGGCCUCUGGUUCCAUGGCAACCAAUGACAAAUCAUCUGAUAACACUGGUUUUAUUGCUCAAAGGAAUGUGGGCAGAGCAACUCUCACUACAUUUCCCCUUAGGAAAGGUUCAUAAUUCCCAUACAAAAGGACUCUUCUUUAACCCUCUGGGG